AUGGCCGCCAAAGCAAGCCUGCAGGGUCUACCUUACGAGAUGAAGUUAGCCAUAGGCAAUCAAUUCGAGCCUACUAGCAUCCAAGUAUAUCUCGAUCCAAAGCGUCAGACAGCUUUCGAGAUCAACAGCCCCGAGUGGAAAGGACUGUAUUCGUUGAGUGUCACCUCAUACGCCCACCAUGGCAUCAUAGCAGACGUUAUAGCAGCAGCGAGAGCUCGAUGCGAUCUAUUAAAAGUCAAACUCUUCAGAAGUGAGGACAUCACAGGGCGUAUAAUGACCAGCAUGGAGCUGGGAGACUUCAAGAAAUUGGAAGUCACUGUUCCGCUGUACUUCACACUGGACGAACAGUAUGUUGAAGGAGAAGAUCCCGAUGAAGUUCUCAUAUCCUACACCAUGAAUUUCACGAAAGCGGAAGAUAACAAUUGGGUCUGCUCGGAAUCCGACUGUACCGAAAGACUACUCCUGAGUACGAUUUUUACCGAUCCAGCGUACCACCCAGACGAAUCUCUCGCAUUCUUCAGACACCAUCCAUUGAAGAGCACUUUACGCCGAGCGGCACUCCGUGGACUGAAUUCGCCGCCAGACCCUUUCACUCGACAUGUCCUGUUUGCGAUGGAAAGGAAUAUCAGAGCCACUUUCGAUCGAUACCUAACGUCUCGAAACCUCGAGCCACCCCAAGGAAAUCACAGUCGUACCAGCGAAGAUUUCACAUGUGCUUCCCCAUGGAACGCAGACCUGGAACUUGUUAUAGAAUAUCCACAAGCGGAAUUCUAUAGACGUACGUGGUGCUGGCUGGGUUCGGUCAGGCGAUCGAUUGAUGAGAGACUCGGUAUCAGAGGUUGA